AUGGGCGGUCAGUUGGCGCCCUGACUCCUGGGUACAGCAGCCUGGCCAGUUUCUGACAAGCUCAUCAGCGAGCCCCCCUGCAUGUCCCAGGCAGCCAGCAACACCUCUCUUAGCCUCAGGGCCUUCAGGGUUCCUGUCUUCCUGCGCUGGCUCUUCUUUCCCCGAGUCUCCUGGCUGUGGCCUCGCCUGCUCUGAGCUCCUGUGACUCUGACCAUCCUGUGGAGCCAGAGGCUGUGGUAAGUGUUCCACCACCAGCAGUUGGCUAACAUCCUGCUCUCAGAUCUGUCCUACAUUUUCUUCCACGUGCUCAUCUCCUCUAGCGACGUGGGAAGCUGGGCCCUGGGCCAUGUCACCUGCGGUGUUCUCACGGACUCCAUCAGCACCGUCCUGUCCCUCAUGGCUACUGUGCUGCAUACCCUGGCAGUCACUCAUCCUCUAUACUACCUCUCCUUCAUGUCCUGUGAGACUGCCCUGAAGGUGCUGGUCCUCAUCUGGUUGCUGGCCUGCUUCUUCCUCACACUUCUCAUUUGGCAGCAGGAUGCCAGAUUGGAGGAACAAGGGGCCUCAGGCAUCCAGUAGCUGAGCCUGGGCACCAAGUCAGGCGGCUAUUACCCCCUUGUCACUGUCACCCACAGCUGAAUCUUGUACACUCUCUUUCUAUGAACAGCUCUAUUGCCUAACUUCUGGAGGAUCUAUGCAGAGACCAGGAUUUUAGGCAUCUGGGUGCAGGGCUGUUCCUGGGAUAGGGAGCUGCUUAUCCACUCGGUGCUAAUAACACUGUAUGUUAACCCCAUGGUGGUAUUUCCCCUGGACAAGUACCACCACAUUGGAGCCAGGACUUACAUGUGGCUCACAGCAGCCAGCGAGGACCUCAUGGUGCUUCCCUAGGCUGUGCUCCCAUGACUGUACACUCUCCACUGGGGGCUGUUGGGGAUGGUCUGGGGCCACUUCUCAUCCAGGAGGCACAGUGAUAUUGUCACCGUUUCUCAGAUUACAGACUUCACCCUCUGGCAGGCUGAGGUUAAAGAGUAUAUAGUGGGUGCAUCAGCAUCUAGUUAUGGCCAGCUCCUCAAAACUGUGAAAUGCAAUUGUGCAACAAGAACUUUAAGAUGA